CUAGUUUAUUUAUUCUCCCUCCCGGAAUAAGAGAGCUCCUCCUCCUCCCAUGGCUUCGGCACCUUCUCCCUCCUCCUCCUCCUCCUCGCGCUCUCCCCUGCGCAUCCUCUUCGUCUCCCUCCUCCUCCACCUCCUCCUCUCGAGCUCCAUCCCCCGAUCCCUCGCCACGGGGUUCCUCAGCGUCCGCCACAGGUUCGCGGGGCGGAGCCGCUCCAUCGCCGACCUCGCCGCCCACGACCUCCGCCGCCGCGGCCGCGCCCUCGCUGCCGCCGACCUCCCCCUCGGCGGCCGCGGCCUCCCCACCGACACAGGGUUGUACUUUACGGAGAUUGGGAUCGGGACGCCUUCGAAGAGCUACUACGUGCAGGUGGAUACGGGGAGCGAUAUUCUCUGGGUCAACUGCAUCACAUGUAACAAUUGCCCUAAAAAAAGCGAUCUUGGGGUGGAAUUGACCUUAUAUGACCCAAAAAGCUCACAAAGUGCGAACUUGGUUUCAUGCGACGAGAGCUUCUGCUCAUCAAUGUAUGGAGGAGAAAUCCCGGAAUGCUCUUCGAAUUUGCCGUGUCGGUACAGUGUGAUGUACGGCGACGGGAGUACAACGGCGGGAUAUUUCGUGACGGAUUAUGUGCAGUACGGUCAAGUAGUCGGUAAUCACCAAACGAAACAAGUAAAUGCUAGUAUUUCGUUUGGGUGUGGGGCUCAGCAAACUGGGGAUUUGGGUUCUUCAAAUGAGGCCCUUGAUGGGAUUCUUGGUUUUGGUCAGGCAAAUUCAUCGAUGUUGUCACAACUAGCUGCCUCGGGAAAAGUAAAGAAGAUAUUUGCUCAUUGCUUGGAUACUAUAAAUGGAGGUGGAAUUUUUGCUAUUGGGAAUGUGGUGCAGCCAAAAGUGAAUACAACACCGCUGGUUCCAAAUCAGCCACAUUACAAUGUCAAUCUCCAGGCGAUUGAGGUUGGUGGCGCUUUGCUGCAGCUUCCAUCUGAUCUUUUUGUAACUGGAGACAAAAAAGGUACAAUUAUUGAUAGUGGUACGACACUGUCUUAUCUUCCAGAAGCAGCAUAUAAGCCAAUGAUGAAUGCGGUAUUUGCCAACCAUCAAGAUUUGAGCUUGCACGCCAUUCAGGACUUUGUAUGCUUUCAAUAUUUUGACAAUGUGGAUGAUGGGUUUCCAGAGAUCAUUUUUCAUUUUGAAAACAAGCUCUCCUUGAACGUGUAUCCACAUGAUUAUCUUUUUCAAAAUGGGGGUAAUGUCUAUUGUGUUGGCUUCCAAAAUGGAGGAAUGCAGUCUAAAGACGGGAAAGAUAUGGUUCUUUUGGGAGAUCUAGUCCUAUCAAACAAGUUAGUCCUGUAUGACUUGGAGAAUCAAGUAAUUGGGUGGACCAUAUACAACUGCUCCUCAAGCAUCAAAGUUCAAGACGAUAAGACCGGAGAGGUUUACACUGUAAAUGCUCAGAACAUAUCUUCUGGCUGGAGAUCCAAGUGGGGAAGUUCCACGGCACUUGUGUUGCUAACAUUGGUUUUUUGUUGCUUAAUCAUUUAAUUGUGUGUUAAAUGGUUUGGUAAAACAGGAUGUAAUGUGUUUGUUUUAUUUUAUAUUCUUUAUAUAGGGAGAGGAAUUCAGAUUCUUUCCAUGUCUUAUUUUCUCUCUUCUCAAAUCCUUGGAGAUGCAGUUCCAAUUUUCUUGCA